UGAUUUUUUUAUUAACUACGAACAGCACGAAGCCACGAACUCGCGAGCUGAUGCUGAUCACUGAGUGCUGGCUGUAGAGUGUAGGUUGUUGUCUAUAGAAUAUGUGCAAACUACAUGGUGAUUACUGAUUAUAAUAGUGGCAUAUUUCAGGUUGCGGCUAUCGCUGCUGCCCUGGACUUAUUCACUUUUUAGUUUUUACUUUAUCGUUAUUUUUAACUUACGACGAUAAUGACAAUUUAAUUAUCAUAUUAAGUUACGAAACAACGUGCGCUAUAAUUCAUUAUCGAGGGCUCUCAAAGCAUGUAUUCGGUCGUGUGACGUGCUGCUUAGAUUUUACGAUAAUUGAAAUUUAAAUAAUUUUACACUUCGUGUAAUGUGUCUCCCAUUAUUAUCGACGAUCUCUGUUACCCGUUUGGCUGCAAUUAUUAAAUAUAAAUAAAGAAUGUCUAUAAUAAUUAUCAUAGACAGUUUAAUAUAAAACGGUUGCAUGUUAUUUUAUGCAAAAGAAUAUUUUUGUAUCAAAAACAAAAACUCUGUUUCACAAUUCAAUAUGAUGUUGUCACGAGUCAUAAACAAACAACUUACAGAGUAAUUUUCUAUUAUCAAUUGAUUUUAAUUUAAAACUUAAAAUAUUUUGUUGCCAAAAAUGGAAUAUUUAUUAGCAAAAUUUCGUAAAAAAGAAUCAAAGAAAGAAAUUACUUUUGAGGAUCUGCAAGCUGUUCUUUUAAGAACUCAACCACCUCCUAAAAAAAAAAAUCUAUCUACAUGUGAUUAUAAUGAAAUUUGUCCAAAAAUAUAUGUAGGAGAUUGGAACACUGCAAAAAAUCUUAAUUUAUUGCUGUCACUGGGUAUCACGCAUGUAGUAAAUGCUGCUCAAGGUAUUGGAUUUGGUAUGGUUGAUACAAAUGAACAGUUUUAUCGUCCAUUUAAUAUUCAAUACAUGGGUUUGGCCUUGUGUGAUGAUCCUAAUGUUGCAAUAAAUGAAUAUUUUGAUAGUGUAUCAAAUUUCAUAGAUGACGCAUUAUCACAAAAAGGUAAGGUUUUGGUUCAUUGCAUAAUGGGUAUUUCAAGAUCUGCAACAAUUACAAUUGCUUAUUUAAUGAUAAAGAAAGGAUUAAGAGCUAAAGAAGCAGUGGAAAAAGUAAAAAAAGCAAGAGAUAUAAGACCUAACAAUGGAUUUCUUAAACAACUAGCUCAACUUGACAAUGACAGAGUGCAUAAUAAUAAUAUUUAACAUUGGUGCUGUAAACAUAUGAUAAUGAAAAAAAAUUAUAUUGAAUUAUUUUCAUA